AUGACAGAAAACAACACCCGAGCAGCCGAUUUUAUGCUGUAUUUCCUGGAUGCAAAUAUGAAGCAGGACGUCUACAUGCAGAUGACUUAUCUGGGCACUUCCACAUUGGUACUGAAUGUCACCUUAUUCUUUGAUGACGAUCGAACCUCUAUCUGGGCAUCAAGAAAUGGAGCUAGGCCAAUUCCUGUACCAAUCUGCGGCUUCUCUGGAACGGAUUGCCCUAAGGAAUUUUGGAAAGAAUAUGCGUUGUACGUUGGAAUAGCAUUAGCACUGCUAGUGAUCUUUAUUGUAGUCAUCGUCUGCUUGCUGAUCCACUUUAUCAGAGAAAGACUGCGUGCCCAACAACGUUUGAUGGAUGAGUGGAAAAUCGCUUACAGCAGAAUAACACUCAUUACAGCGAAGGAACUGGAGAAAAACUCGAGAAGCUAUCGCUCCCUACAGUCCGGACCAUCAACUAUGACAGCCAGUAGCGUUUUCGAAAAUGAGGACAGUAUCUUCACAGCGGCUGUUCUCGACAAGGAUCCUGUCCUCAUCACAAAGCAUCCUCCCACAAUGUUAUCGAAAACAUUUUAUGAGAACUGUUACAAG